GCCCUGCUAUCCGGUGACGACCCGCGCGACCUGCGACGAGUGCUAAGCGUCUCAUCUGCGAUCAUCGCUUGACCUGGCCCGAAUCUCAGGAUAAUCCCCGAACCAGCCCUACCUCCCUUUCCCUUUUGACGAUAUACCCACGACACCAUCUCGACAUCAGACACAAUGUCAGCAGCGGCAGGAGGUCUUACCCGACGCCGUGGAGGCGGAGGCGCCGCGGCCGGCGAUGGUGAGGCCAGCAAUGGCGCCAGCCGGACCAACUCAACGCCCAACAUCAAGGAUAGCGCCCCCGAGACGAGCUACGAGAGCGGCGAGAACGGCCACAAGAUCGCCUUCGACCCCCGUGAUAUCAGCGAGAGCGCCGAGCGCAGCAAACAACCCAAGCUGACGUUGAUGGAGGAGGUUCUGCUCCUCGGCCUCAAGGACAAGCAGGGUUACCUGUCAUUCUGGAACGACAACAUCUCAUACGCUUUGAGAGGAUGCAUCGUCAUCGAACUCGCAUUCCGCGGUCGCAUCAGCAUGCAGAAGGAUGCCUCGAGAAGACGCUUCCCCCUCGCAGACCGCGUCAUUGAAGUUAUCGACGACACCCUGACGGGCGAGGUGUUGCUCGACGAGGCCUUGAAGAUGAUGAAGCAAAGCGAGAAGAUGAGUGUCAGCUCUUGGAUUGACCUGAUGAGCGGAGAGACCUGGAAUCUGAUGAAGAUUGGGUACCAAUUAAAACAGGUUCGCGAGCGCCUGGCCAAGGGCUUAGUCGACAAGGGCAUCCUCCGCACCGAGAAGCGCAACUUCUUGCUGUUCGACAUGGCGACCCAUCCCGUUGCCGACGGAGGCGCCAAGGAGGAGAUCCGCCGCCGCGUCCGCAACGUUCUGACCCAGCGUACUGUCGUCCUCCCCGCUUCCCAGUUCCUGCCCGAGAACCUCGAGUUCCGCUACGUCCGCACUCUUGCCAUGGUGUGCGCCGCCUACGCUGCCAACGUGCUCGAGAACGCCCUCAGCACCCUCGGCCACGAGGCCCGCGAGCGCGCCUUUGCCCAGACAGACGAGCUCCUCGCCGACUACAGCCAAUGGCCCUUUGGAAAGAAGGCCACCGGCAACGGUAUCGGUGCCAACCUGCCUCAAGUCAUUGCAGAUGAGAUCAGCAAGGGCAAGGAUAAGGAGUUGCAACUCGAAGUUGUGGCCGCCUGCCUCAGUGUCUUCACCCGUCUUGAUUCCCUCUUGUAAACCUAAUCGACCUCGACAUCCUCGAAACCGAUCGUUCCGCUGCCCCAGCCUUGCAUAGGGCAUAGUUGCGGAGCACUGAGCGAAUUUCGGGAACACGACUCCCUUUUCUCAAUCCCAUUCUCAACCUAGACACAUCGAUACGCCCAGCAUUGAGCUCUCCCGACCUUCACACCAUAUUCGAACCCUCACGAGAAAUGAUAAAACAAAGCAACAGGGGAAAGCGACUUUCUUGUGCUCCC